GGCGGCAGCGCGGCCGCUCCGGGGCCAUGGCGCGGGGAAGUCUGCCGCUGCUCCUGCUCCUGGCCGCGCUGGGUGGCCGAGCCCAGCCGCCGGCGCCGCCGCCGCAGAGAGGGCUGUUUCCCGCUGUGCUGAACCUGGCUACGAAUGCUCUCAUCACAACCAACGCCACCUGUGGAGAGAAGGGGCGGGAGAUGUACUGCAAACUCGUGGAGCAUGUCCCCGGGCAGCCUGCACGGAACCCCCAGUGCCGUGUCUGUGACCAGAGGAGCAGGCUUCCACACCAAAGACAUCCAAUAACAAAUGCAAUUGAUGGCAAGAACACUUGGUGGCAGAGCCCUAGCAUCCAGAAUGGAAUUGAAUAUCAUUAUGUGACCAUUACAUUGGACCUCCAACAGGUUUUCCAGAUUGCCUAUGUUAUUGUGAAAGCAGCCAACUCGCCUCGGCCUGGCAACUGGAUCCUGGAGCGCUCUCUGGACGGGGAGGACUAUCGGCCCUGGCAGUACUACGCCGUCACCGACAGCGAGUGCCUGACGCGCUACGGCAUUCAGCCUCGCCCGGGUACCCCCUCCUACCUCAAAGAUGAUGAAGUCAUCUGCACCUCUUAUUAUUCUAAAAUCCAUCCUUUGGAGAACGGAGAGAUCCACACUUCUCUAAUUAAUGGCAGGCCCAGUGCUGAUGAUCCUUCACAGGUGCUGAUGGAGUUCACCUCCGCUCGCUUCAUCCGCCUGCGAUUCCAGAGGAUACGGACACUGAACGCUGACUUGAUGAUGUUUGCACACAAGGAUCCUGCUGAAAUCGACCCCAUUGUCACCAGGAGGUAUUACUACUCUAUAAAGGACAUCUCUGUUGGAGGCAUGUGCAUCUGCUCAGGCCAUGCAAAGGCUUGCCCACUGGAUCCAGCCACCAACAAAUCCGUCUGUCAGUGUGAGCACAACACCUGCGGGGAGACCUGUGACCGCUGCUGUCCUGGCUUCCACCAGAGGCCCUGGCAUGCUGGCACCUUCCUGCUCAAGCACGAGUGUGAACCAUGCAACUGCCACGGGAAGACCGAGGAGUGUUACUACGACCAGGAUGUGGCAGACAGAAAGCAGAGCUUGAACGUGCAGGGGGAGUACAUCGGGGGUGGGGUCUGUGUGAACUGCACCAACCACACCGGCGGCAUCAACUGCGAGACCUGCCUGGACGGCUACUUCAGACCCAAAGGGGUGUUGCCAGAUAGCCCAGAUCCAUGCCAACCAUGUUCCUGUGAUCCAGUUGGGUCUAUACAUGAUACCUGUGUCAAAGAUGAGAAACAUGCAGAAGGAGAUAUGCUGCCUGGUUUCUGUCACUGCAAGCCUGGCUAUGCAGGAGAGAGCUGCAACAGAUGUGCCCUGGGCUACAAAGGAUAUCCUGAGUGCCAGCCCUGCAACUGCUCUCUGCAAGGCAGUCUGAACGCUGACCCUUGCAUAGGUCCCUGCAUCUGCAAGGAACACACCGAAGGGGAGAACUGCGAUCGCUGCAAAGCAGGCUUCUUCAACCUGCAGCAGAGGAAUCCCACAGGCUGUGAGGAGUGCUUCUGCUCUGGGAAAACAGACAUCUGCACCCACUCUCACCUUACCUACAGUGAGAUAGCAGACAUGAAUGGCUGGCAUCUGACUGAUUUACCAGGUCUCAUCAGAGUCUCCCCCAAGCAAAAGAGAUUUGAUGGGCACCAGCAGCUCAGCAUCAGCAACGUGGCUGCGAGGAAAGUGCUGCCACAGAUUUACUACUGGAGUGCACCAAGCUCUUAUUUGGGCAACAAAGUAGCAGCUGCUGGAGGACAUCUGAAGUUUACAGUCUCCUAUGACUUCACAGAGGAAGAAGAGGCAGUGCAAUUGGUGGUUCAAGCUGAUGUUAUCAUAGAGGGAGGUAACUUGAGGAUCAGCACUCCAGAAGAUGGGAUUCACCUGCAGCCUUCUGAGGAGCACACGGAGGAAAUCGUGCUGAAGCCAGAAUCUUUCUCUGUGCAUGGCACUGACGUUCCCCUCAGCAGGAGGCAGUUCAUGACUGUCCUGGCCAACGUGAAGAGCAUCCUCAUAAGAGCCACCUACAGCUAUGGGACCAAUGCCAUCUACAGGCUGAGAAACGUUAGCAUGGAAGCUGCUGGACACACUUCAGCUGGAAGGAAGGUGGCAUCUGCAGUGGAGCUGUGUGAGUGUCCCCCAGGAUACGAUGGCAGCUCAUGUGAGUCCUGCUGGCCUGGCCACAGGCGUGUGAACGGCACAAUCUUCGCCGGGGUCUGCGCUCCCUGCAGGUGCUUUGGCCAUGCAGAGUCGUGUGAUGACCUCACAGGAGAAUGCCUGGACUGCAAACACAACACAGGUGGUCCACACUGUGAUAGAUGUCUUCCUGGCUUCUAUGGUGAUCCAACUAAAGGGACAGCUGAAGACUGCCAGUUGUGUGCCUGCCCCCUGAACAUCCCUUCCAACAACUUUAGCCCCACCUGCCACUUUGACCGAAGUCGGGGACUGAUCUGCGAUGAGUGCCCGGCUGGGUACGUGGGACCACGCUGUGAAAGGUGUGCAGAAGGCUAUUUUGGACAACCUCUGAUACCAGGGGGAUCGUGCCAGCCGUGUCCCUGUAACGACAACCUUGACUUCUCCAUUCCUGGCAGCUGUGACAGCCUGUCUGGUGCUUGUCUGAUAUGUAAGCCAGGCACAACAGGCCAGUACUGUGAGAGGUGUGCUGAUGGAUACUUUGGUGAUGCUCUUGAUGCAAGGAGCUGUCAACCCUGUCACUGUCACAUCAAUGGCUCCUUCUCAGAGGUCUGUGACUCACAGACAGGCCAGUGCCAGUGUAAAGCCAACGUGGUCGGGCGGCGCUGUGACAUCUGCAAGCCUGAAACGUUUGGGUUACAAUCUGCAAGAGGAUGCGUGCCCUGCAACUGCAACUCUUUUGGUUCCAAGUCCUUUGACUGCACUGAGGACGGGCAGUGCUACUGCCAGCCCGGAGUGACGGGCAAGAAGUGCGACCGCUGCGCUCACGGCUUUUACCGCUUCGAGGAAGGAGGCUGCACCCCCUGUGACUGCUCCCGCUUUGGCAACAACUGCGACCCCCUCAGCGGGCGCUGCGUCUGCCCUGCCGGCACCGUCGGGGAGAUGUGUGACAGGUGUGCACCCAACCACUGGGGCCAUGACAUCGUCACUGGCUGCAAGCCCUGUGACUGCAGCCCGGUUGGAGCCCUGAGCUCUCAGUGUGACUUGAAAACAGGCUGCUGCUUCUGCCGCCCUGAGUUCUCCGGGGAUAAAUGCACGGAGUGCAGGUCAGGCUACUGGAGUUACCCACACUGCGUCGCCUGUCAGUGCCUCCUGGCGGGGACUGAUCCACAGAGCUGUGAUGCAGAGAUGGAGAAGUGCUCCUGCAGCGAUGCUACUGGCCAGUGCAGCUGCAAGGUGAAUGUGGAAGGUGUCCACUGUGACAGGUGCAAGCCUGGUGCAUUUGGCCUCUCUGCCAAGAACCCACUUGGCUGCAGCAGCUGCUAUUGCUUUGGCAUGAGCACGCAGUGCAGCGAGGCAAAGGGGCUGGUGCGCAUGUGGGUGACCUUGAAGCCAGAGCAGAUGGUUCUGCCUCUGGUGGAUGAGAAGCUGCAGCGCAGCACCCUCACAGGGGUUGCCUUCCAGCCUCCUGAGAUCGUAGCAGACAUCGAAGUGGUGAUGCGGGAGCUGCACUCAGAGCCUGUCUACUGGAGACUUCCCGAGCAGUUUGAGGGACGAAAGCUGACUGCUUACGGAGGGAGACUGAAAUAUGCCAUCUACUUUGAAGCACGAGAAGAGACAGGGUUCACUACUUACUACCCCCAAGUCAUCAUGAGAGGUGGACCUCCAACCCACACCAGAGUCCUUGUCCGCCACAUGGCUGCCCCUCUCAUUGGGCAGCUGACAAGGCAUGAGAUAGAGAUGACAGAGCAUGGCUGGGAAUACUACGGUGCUGACCAGAGAGGCAGAGCCACUGCACCCUGGGAGUACCACCAGGAUCAGCCAGGUGUCAACAGGACUCUGUCCCAGGCAGCAGAUUUCACCUGGAGACAUUAUGGAGAUGAGCCAAGGCCAAGCAGAGCUGUGUCACGGGAGGACUUCCUCAACGUGCUCUACGAUGUCCACUACAUCCUUGUUAAGGCUACUCAUGGCAACAUCAUGAGGCAGAGCAGGAUUUCUGAGAUCUCCAUGGAAGUCGCUGAAGUUGGCACCGUCACUGGGAUGACUCCUCAGGCUUACUUGAUUGAGGAAUGUGACUGCCCCUUGGGUUACUCUGGUUUGUCAUGUGAGUCAUGCUCUCCAGGAUUUUAUAGGCUUCCAUCCCCAGCUGCAGGGAGGACACCUGCUCAGUCCUUGGGCAUCUGUGUUGUGUGUCAGUGCCAUGGGCACAGCACUAUGUGUGACCCUGAAACAUCCAUUUGUCAGAGCUGUCAGCACAACACAGCUGGGCACCACUGCGAGAGAUGUGCGCUGGGAUUUUAUGGCCUUGUCCAAGGCUCUCCAAGCGACUGCCAGCCCUGUGCUUGCCCCCUGCCCAUCCCUGGGAACAACUUCAGCCCUUCCUGUGUGGCAGAAGGACCUGGCGACUACCGGUGCACCGCCUGCCCGCCUGGGUACGAAGGGCAGCACUGUGAAAGAUGUUCUCCUGGCUACACGGGAAGCCCACAGAUUCCAGGAGGCUCCUGCCAGGAAUGUGAGUGUGACCCAUACGGUUCCCUGCCUGUGCCCUGCGACCCUGUGACGGGGCAGUGCAGGUGCAGGCCUGGGUUCACCGGCUGGAAGUGUGCUGGCUGCGAGCAUCGGCACGCGCGGGACGGCAGCAGAUGCGUUUCUUGUGAUGAUGAAUGCACAGGAGUCCUUCUCAAUGACCUGGACCGGCUCAACCAGAUGAUCCUGAGUGUUAACCUUAGUGGUCCACUGCCUGCUCCAUAUCAAAUGUUGCAUGGUUUUGAGAACAUGACCCAGGAAUUAAAGCAUUUGCUUUCACCUCAGCGAGCACCAGAGAGGCUUCUGCAGCUAGCACAAGGAAAUUUGGAUACCCUGGUGACAGAAAUGGAUGAACUGCUGACAAGAGCCACCAAGGUGACAGCAGAUGGAGAGCAAACCAGGCAGGAUGCUGAGAGGACUAAUGACAGAGCCAAGUCCCUCGGACAGUUCGUCAAAGGCAUUCUGCAGGCUGCUGAAGCUGCAAAGGAAGAGGCAAUAAAACUGAAUGAGACACUCAGAACCCAAGAUGAGAGCUUGGAGAAGAGUCUCCCUGAGCUGCAGAGCGAGGCCGAAAGGAUGAUCGCAGAGAUGAGAAGCAGAGAGCUGAGCAUGCAAGAGAGAGUAGCAGAAGAGGAGCUCAAGAAUGCAGAAGGUCUCUUGAGCAAGGUGAAGAAAUUGUUUGGUGAGCCCAGUGGGAAGAACGAGGAGCUGGCCAAGGAGGUGCGGGGCAAGCUGGCAGACUACCACAGCAAGGUGGAUGAGGCUCAGCACCUGCUGAGAGAAGCCUCCAGCACAAUCAGGAAGGCUGAGCGUCUGUCUGCCAUCAACCAAAGGAACAUGACCCUGGUAGAGGAAAAGAAGCAAGCUGUAGAAGAUGGCAGACAAGAUGUUGAAAAGACCCUGCAGGAAGGGAAUGAUGUCCUUAAUGAAGCCAACAGACUUGCCAAUGAAAUCAGCCUAGCUGUAAAGUACGUGGAAGAUGUUGCAGAUAAGAUGCAGCCCAUGUCUGAUCAGCUGAAGGACAAAAUCGAUGACUUGACCCAAGAAAUCCGCGGCAGGAUGCUUGCAGAGAAGGUGCUGCAGGCUGAGAACCAUGCUGCCCAGCUGAACAGCUCCUCUGGCAUCCUGGAUGGAAUCCUUGCUGAAGCCAGAAACCUCUCCUUCAAUGCCACACGUGCCUUCAAUGCUUACACCAACAUCAAGGAGCACACAGAUGAAGCUGAGAAGGUUGCCAGGGAAGCCAAGGCUCUGGCAAAUGAAGCUAUGCAAGCGACAUCUGAUCCUCAGGGGUCACUGAAGGAUGGUGCCAGGAGCUCUCUGCAGAAAAGCCUCAGGGUCCUCAACAAAGCCAAGAUGUUAGAAGAUGAUGUUAAAGCAAAGGGAGCUGAUCUGGCUGGCAUGCAGAGCAAGCUGAAAGAUGCUGAUGAGAACAGCUCCAUUCUCCUGGCAGUGCUGAAUGAAACCUUGGGAAAGCUCUCAGCCAUUCCUAACGAUACAGCUCUAAAGGUACAGGCAGCCAAAGAGAAAGCCAGACAAGCCAACAACACUGCACAUGAUGUCCUGGCCCAGAUUAAAGACCUCAACCAGAACCUCCUGGUCCUGAGAAAGAACUACAGCAAACUGGCAGAUGAUGUGGCAAAAACUAACGCUGCGGUGAAGGAUCCUGUCAACAACAUUGCUGCUGCAGAUUCCAGCAUCAGGAGCCUGGAGAAGGAAGCAGAUCGCCUGCUGGAGAAGAUCAAACCCAUCAAAGAGCUUCAGGACAACUUGGGGAAAAACAUCUCUCAGAUCAAAGAGCUGAUCAGCCAGGCUCGCAAGCAAGCCAACUCGAUCAAAGUGUCUGUGUCCUCUGGAGGCAACUGCAUCCGCACCUACAGACCGGAGAUCAAGAAGGGGACCUACAACAGCAUCGUUGUCAACGUGAGGACUCUGGCAGCUGACAACCUGCUCUUCUACCUGGGAAGCGCCAAGUUUACAGACUUCUUGGCCCUGGAGAUGCGCAAGGGCAAAGUGAGCUUCCUGUGGGACGUGGGCUCCGGCGUGGGCCGCGUGGAGUACCCAGACCUGGCCAUCGACGACGGCUUCUGGUACCGCGUCGAAGCCUCCAGGACUGGGAAAAAUGGCACAAUCUCAGUGAGAGCUCUGGAUGGUCCUAAAGCCAGCAUUGUGCCAGCUACCUUCCGAGCUGCCUCCCCACCCGGCUACACCAUCCUGGAUGUGGACGCCAAUGCCAUGCUCUUUGUUGGGGGGUUAACUGGAAAGAUAAAGAAGGCAGAUGCUGUGAGAGUCACCACCUUCACUGGCUGCGUGGGUGAAACCUUCCUAGACAGCAAGCCCAUAGGGCUGUGGAAUUUCAGGGACAUUGAGGGAGACUGCAAGGGCUGUGCAGUCAGCCCGCAGGUGGCAGACGGUGAGGGGACAGUGCAGUUUGAUGGGGACAGCUACGCCGUGGUGAGCCGCCCAGCCCGCUGGAACCCCAACAUCUCCACCGUCACAUUCAAGUUCAGGACCUUCUCAUCCACUGCCCUGCUGAUGUAUCUUGCCACUGACGACUUGAAGGAUUUCAUGAGUGUGGAACUCAGCGAGGGGCGAAUAAAGGUCAGCUACGAUCUGGGCUCGGGCACAGCUUCUGUUCUCAGCAGCCAGAACCACAACGAUGGCAGAUGGAAAGCUUUCACCCUGUCAAGAGUUCAGAAGCAAGCCAACAUAUCAAUUGUAGACAUUGACACCAAUGAAGAAGAGACCUUAGCAGCAACUUCUGCAGGCAGCCACUUCGGCCUCAACUUAAAAGGACAUGAGAAGAUCUAUUUUGGGGGAUUGCCCACUCUGAGAAAUCUGAGGCCUGAAGUGAACUUGAAGAAGUACACUGGCUGCCUCAAAGAGAUUGAAAUCUCCAGGACACCAUACAAUAUCUUGAGUAGUCCUGAUUUUGUUGGUCUGACCAAAGGAUGCACACUGGAGAACAUUUACACCGUGAGCUUCCCCAAGCCAGGCUUUGUGGAGCUGCAGCCUGUCUCCUUUGACCUGGGCACAGAAAUCAACCUCUCCUUCAGCACCAAGAACGAAUCUGGGAUCAUCUUGUUCGGCACCAGUGGCACAAUUGUGCCCCCCAGGAGGAAACGUGGGGACGGUGGCUGGAGAGCUGCUGCUCCGAGGAGGAAGCGCAGGCAGACAGGACAGGCCUACUAUGCAGUCUUCCUGAACAGAGGUCGUCUGGAGGUGCACAUCUCCAGUGGGAGCAGGGAUCCCCACAGGAUCACCAUCAGGCCAGAAGCUGGCAAGUUCCACGACGGCAGAGCACACUCCGUGCGCAUCGAGAGAGCCAGAGGGAUGUUCACUGUUCAAGUAGAUGAAGACAAAGUCCAGACUCAGAGACUGCCAACAGACCAGCCCAUCCCUGUUAAGAAGCUCUUUGUGGGGGGUGCCUCUCCUGCAUUUCAGAUUGCCCCUCUCAGGAACAUCCCAGCCUUUGAGGGCUGUAUCUGGAAUCUUGUCAUCAAUGCCACCCCCAUGGACUUUGCCCAGCCUGUGUCCUUUGAAAACGCAGACAUUGGCCAAUGUCCCUCUCUGGAGCCAGAGGUUAGGCCACCUGAGGAUGAAGACAAACCAACCCCUGCAACAGUCCUGAUCCAGCCUGAAGCAGUCACCGAUGAGCAGAGAGAAAGGCCAAGGACUCCUCCUGCUUCUCCUCCUCCUCCAACACCAUCUGUAUCCCCAGCACUUGAUUCCUGUGCUGCUGACACUGAACCAGACAUCCUGGAAGGUGGCAAACAGUUUGGCCUUUCAAGGAACAGCCACAUUGCAGUGGCCUUUGAUGACACCAAAGUGAAAAACAGGCUGACGAUCGAGUUUGAAGUGCGAACCAGAGCUGCCUCUGGCUUGCUGUUCUACAUGGCCCGCAUCAACCAUGCUGACUUUGCCACGGUGCAGAUCAAGGAUGGCCUGGCCUACUUCAGCUAUGACCUGGGCAGUGGCAACACCAGCACCCUGGUUGCCACCAGAGUCAAUGAUGGCCACUGGCACAAGGUGAGAGUCAGCCGAAGCAAGCAAGAGGGGCAGCUCACGGUGGAUGAUGUGUCCAACAGCACCGUCAGCCCCCGCAAGGCUGACAUCCUGGAUGUUGUGGGCAUGCUCUACGUCGGGGGCUUGCCCAUGAACUACACCACCAGAAGGAUUGGGCCGGUCACCUACAGCAUCGACGGCUGCAUCAGAGGCUUUCACAUGACAGAAUCACCUGUUGACCUGGAGAGCCCAACCUCCAGCUUCAGGGUUGGGAAGUGCUUUGUCACUGAGCAGCAAGGAACAUACUUUGAUGGAACAGGCUUUGCCAAAGCAGUUGGUGCCUACAGAGUGGGCACAGACCUGCUGGUGGAGCUGGAGUUCCGCACCAGCCGCGUGAACGGGGUUCUGCUGGGAGUCAGCAGCCAGCAGAUGGAUGGGCUUGGCCUCGAGCUGGUGGAUGGAAAAGUGCUGUUCCACGUUGACAACGGUGCAGGCAGGUUCUCUGCUGCCUACGAGCCCGAGGCCCCAGGCAGCCUGUGUGAUGGGCAGUGGCACACGGUGGUGGCAAAGAAGAGCAAGCACCGUUUGGAGCUGACUGUGGAUGGCAGACAGGUGGAUGGGAGCAGCCCCAACAGGGCCUCCACCUCAGCAGACACCAACGACCCUGUCUUUGUUGGAGGAUAUCCUGAUGGUGUGACCCAGUUUGGGCUGACCACUAACAUCCGUUUCAAAGGCUGCAUUCGAUCCCUGAGGCUCACCAAGGGAACUGCCAAGCCUCAGGAGGUGAACUUCAGCAGAGCUGUGGAGCUGAAGGGUGUGCAGCCGCUGUCGUGCCCUGCGCAAUGAGGGUGGCCCAGCGGCCCCGGGGCUCCUCUCCUAGCGCCUGGGGCUAGGGCAGACAAAGCAAUGCCCCUACCUAUGCCUUGCACCCAUAAUAAAGUGUCUUCAUGCA